AUGAGCAGCAGGAUACUGUUGUCCGGUUUGGUAGGAUUGGGUGCUGGUACUGGUUUAACCUAUCUCCUUUUGAACAGACGGUCUCCAGCGCAAGUUAUCGAAUCACCUUAUCCAAUUACUCAAAAACCUAAUGGCAAAAUCCAACCUCCUUCUUUCAACGUCGACCCUUCUGGAUUUUUCAAGUAUGGUUUUCCUGGCCCGAUUCAUGAUCUGCAGAACCGCGAAGAAUUUAUUUCAUGUUACAAUAGACAAACUCAAAAUCCUUAUUGGGUCUUAGAACAUAUAACACCAGAAUCAUUGGCCGCAAGAAAUGCUGAUAGGAAGAAUUCUUUUUUCAAGGAAGAUGAAGUAAUUCCAGAAAAGUUUAGAGGUAAACUAAGGGAUUAUUUUAGGUCAGGCUAUGAUCGAGGCCAUCAAGCCCCGGCUGCUGAUGCAAAAUUCUCUCAACAGGCUAUGAAUGAUACAUUCUACUUAUCCAAUAUGUGUCCUCAAGUGGGAGAAGGCUUCAAUAGAGACUAUUGGGCGCAUUUAGAGUACUUUUGUAGAGGAUUGACUAAGACAUAUAAAAGUGUGAGAAUUGUAACUGGUCCAUUGUAUCUACCUAAAAAAGAUCCCAUUGAUAAUAAAUUUAGAGUUAAUUAUGAAGUAAUUGGUAAUCCACCCAGUAUUGCUGUUCCAACACAUUUUUUCAAAUUGAUUGUUGCCGAAGCACCAGCAACCAAUCCUUCUAGAGAGGAUAUUGCUGUUGCAGCAUUUGUGGUGCCAAACGAACCAAUAUCAAAUGAGACGAAGUUGACUGAUUUCGAAGUUCCUAUAGAUGCUUUAGAAAGAAGUACUGGACUGGAACUUUUGCAAAAAGUACCACCAUCAAAGAAGAAGGCAUUAUGCAAAGAGGUAAACUGUCAAAUUGUAGUGAGAGAUUUCUCUAAUGCAGCGAUCAAGCAAUCAAAAGAUGUGAAAUUGUUACCUCCUCCAAAAAAGAAAAAUUGA